CAUGCUACUUAUCUAAUUAGAGGGUUCUUCGCAUUGAGCACCCGGUUUCACGUGAAUAUUUCAUAUGAAUCUGUUACUUCCUAUGAUUGUUGCUUUUGGAACUUGUACUUAGUAUAUUUGUCAUUCAAAACAUUAAGUUGUUUGUCAACUGGAUGUUCUUUGCAAUAAUGACUAAUACAGUAGUAAUUCAUCGUCUCUAUCUCACAACUCGUGAAAAUUGCAAUUUCCAUUGUAAGGAUAAUUGAAAUGUAUCUGUACGCAAGUUUUAACGACACACUCAUCCUUCCUUGUUCUGAUUUAAAGGGACUUCAAGUGUGUGAACUCAUUACCUGACAGUUUCUAAAUUGUCGGAAGCCUCAUGAGAUAUAAUUGCAUCAUAUUCAUCUUGGGCAUCUACUUGACAAAGAUAUUUAGCUUAGUAGACAGUUCCCCCAUUUAUUUGUUCACUCAGUUAUGUAAUGUGUUUGAUGUUAUGUAUUAAUCUGUUAAUUUUACUGACCAACAUCAUUAAAAGUUUGAUCUAAAAUGGACGAUAUUUUUCGAAAGACGAUGAUUGACCAACUGGUAUGCCAGUGUUUCGAGGAAUAUCACUAACAAGUUAAGUAUGUGCUCAUAUGUAACCGAUUGACUAGAGUAUAAUUGUUGUUGUUUAUUGUCAACAGUGACUGAUACUUUGGGAUUAGAACUAAUCACACCAGUUGGAAUGGAAUAUGAAACUUAAUUUGAGAUGCUGUUACGGUUGGUCUUUGUUUAUAUUUCUUUUUCUACGACAGUUCAAUGGAUUACUUGUUUGGUUUUAGUUUGCUGGUGUUCUCGCCGUACUUGUAACCGACUGAUUACUAAUUAAAGCUCCAAACUAAUGUCAUUUAUGUUUUAUAAUGACUAGCAUACUAUAUGGAAAAUGCGAUUAUUUAAAAUUUGUGUUGUUGUAUUGUAAAUUCUGAAAUCGAUUGCGACUUGAUUAUAGCUUCACUUCUAUUGUCUUCAUGCGCCAUUAUUAAUAUAUUUUCAUCUGUAGAUCCUGAGAUUUCGGAUAUCAACAAUACAGUUGAAUCUUGUUACAUUGAUAAAGUUUGUACUGUGCAUAGUCAAGGUGCUUUUGGUAGUCGAGGCUAUCAGUCACCGUGGCUAAUAGAGGAAGCGGAGAAAAAUUUGUUGCGUACACAUACAACAGCAGUGAGCGCCCGAAUGCUUCAUGCGUUAUCUAAAAAGAAUCCAUUUACUCCAGCUAAAUAUUACAGUAUUGAUCGUGUAUUUCGAAAUGAAAAUCUGGACGCUACUCAUUUGGCAGAAUUUCAUCAAGUUGAAGGUCUAGUCGCUGACUUUGGUCUUAGCUUAGGCCAUUUGAAAACUGUAAUUCGAACAUUCUUUUCAAAGUUAGGACUUACGCAACUGAGAUUUAAACCAGCAUAUAAUCCAUAUACUGAACCGAGUAUGGAAAUUUUUAGUUAUCAUCCUGGUCUCAAGAAGUGGGUGGAAAUAGGUAAUUCUGGACUAUUUCGUCCGGAAAUGCUCAGACCAAUGGGGUUACCUGAAGGAUUGUCUGUUAUAGCUUGGGGAUUGUCUCUGGAACGUCCAACUAUGAUUCGAUAUGGUUAUAAAAAUAUUCGUGAUUUAAUUGGUCCAAAAUUGAUCUUAAUAUGAUAUACAAGGCACCAUUGUGUCGAAUGUAUAAGUGUUAGCUCCUGUUCUCAUACUAUUUAAUAUCGAGUCUUAUUCCAUUGUGAUUUAAUUUUUGGCAUCUGUUGUUUUUGCAAACUUUUGGAAGAUAUUUUGCAUAUGUCUGUAAAUGUACUUUGCUGUACGUACUAUUGAAUAUCCUUGAUAUGAUUAUAGAAAGCCGAUUAUUUCUAACUUGAAAGUUUGCUUGUCUGCUUUGUAAUUUCAACCGUUAUGAUGUAACAUUUGUAUCUUGAGUCAAUGACUUACUAGUGUAAACGGUCGAUAGGUUCAGACCCAACUCCACCUUACACAUUAAUCUGAGCACCAAAAUAUUAUCUUUGCAAUUCUUAGUACAUGAACCAUGUAGAUAGUUAUUUUAGGCUACAUGUACGUGCGUUGGCAACCUAUUGAUGAUGUAUUUGACCACUACCUAAACUCUUUUU